AUGGAGACAGCAGGGGACCAUGUGUGGCUGGAAACUCCCUCUGCCAACAGAACUGCUGUGGCCAUUGGAGGCAUCAUCAAAAAAACAGAGCCAGACAAAGUCUUGGUGGAGGAUGACGAGGGGAAGGAACACUGGAUCUGUGCAGAGGACUUUAGCAGUCUCAGUUCCAUGCACCCCAACUCAAUCCAUGGUGUAGAUGACAUGAUUCGCCUGGGGGACCUGAAUGAGGCAGGCAUGGUGCAUAACCUCUUCAUCCGAUACCAGCAGCACAAGAUCUAUACAUACACGGGCUCCAUCCUGGUGGCUGUGAACCCAUUCCAGGUGCUGCCUCUCUACACCCAGGAGCAGGUGCAGCUGUAUUACAACCAUCGUGUGGGCGAGCUGCCACCCCAUAUCUUUGCCAUCGCCAACAGCUGCUACUUCAACAUGAAGAAGAACAAGAGGGACCAGUGUUGCAUCAUCAGUGGUGAGUCUGGGGCUGGGAAGACGGAGACCACCAAGCUCAUCUUGCAGUUCCUGGCCACUGUUAGUGGCCAGCACACCUGGAUUGAACAGCAGGUUCUUGAGGCCAAUCCCAUCCUGGAAGCCUUUGGAAAUGCCAAGACAGUCCACAAUGACAACUCGAGCCGCUUUGGAAAGUACAUCGAUAUCUACUUCAAUGCAAAUGGAGUGAUUGAAGGUGCACGGAUUGAACAAUUUCUCUUGGAGAAGUCCCGGGUCUGCCGGCAGGCCCAGGAAGAACGGAACUACCACAUCUUCUACUACAUGCUCAUGGGGAUGAGUGCUGAGGAGAAGAAGCUGCUGUGCCUGGGGAUGCCCUCUGAGUACCACUAUCUGACCAUGGGAAACUGCAACUCCUGUGAGGGUCUCAAUGAAGCCAAGGACUAUGCCCACAUCCGCUCGGCCAUGAAGAUCCUCAUGUUCUCUGACUCCGAAAACUGGGACCUCAGCAAGCUGCUGGCAGCCAUUCUCCACCUGGGGAACGUACAGUUUAUGGCCACAGUCUUUGAAAACCUGGAUUCUUCAGAUGUGAUGGAGGCGCCUACCUUUCCCAUUGCGAUGAAGUUGCUAGAGGUGGAGCACCAGGCACUUCACAACUGUCUGACAAAGCACUCCAUCAACAUCCGCGGGGAAUUUGUCACUAGGCCCCUGAACAUCGCCCAGGCUGCAGAUCAGAGGGACGCUUUUGUCAAGGGCAUCUAUGGGCACCUCUUCCUGUGGGUUGUAAAGAAGAUCAAUGCUGCAAUCUUUACUCCACCUACCCAGGACCCCAAGCAUGUACGAAGGGCCGUUGGCCUCCUGGACAUAUUUGGCUUUGAAAAUUUCCAGAGCAACAGCUUUGAGCAGUUCUGCAUCAACUUGGCCAAUGAGCACCUGCAGCAGUUCUUUGUGCAUCACGUUUUCACCAUGGAGCAAGAGGAGUACCACAUAGAGAACAUUGCCUGGAACUACAUUCACUACACUGAUAACCAGAACACCCUGGAUCUGUUGGUUCUCAAACCCAUGAGCAUUAUCUCCCUUUUGGACGAAGAGAGCCGCUUCCCACAGGGGACAGAUAUCACCAUGUUGCAGAAAUUGAAGAACGUCCAUGCCCAUAACAAGGCCUUCCUGCAACCCAAGACCAUCCACGAUAACCGAUUUGGCAUUGCUCAUUUUGCUGGUGAGGUGUAUUAUAAGACAGAAGGCUUCCUGGAGAAGAAUCGAGACAUGCUGAGCACAGAUAUCCUCACCCUGGUUCACUCCUCCAAAAACAAGUUCUUAAAGGAGAUCUUCAAGCUGAAGGCUAUAGAGACAAAGCUGGGCCAUGGGACCAUCUUCCAGGUCAAGACCAGUGGCCAACUCUUCAAGUCUGCAGACUCCACCAAGCGGCCUUCCACCCUGGCAGGCCAGUUCAAGAAAUCCCUGGACCAACUGAUGAAAAUCCUGUCUAUCUGCCAGCCCUACUUUAUUCGCUGCAUCAAACCCAAUGAGUACAAGAAACCAAUGCUCUUUGACCGGGAGUUAUGCAUCCAGCAACUGCGCUACUCAGGCAUGAUGGAGACUGUGCAGAUCCGCAAGUCAGGCUUCCCCAUCCGCUACACGUUUGAAGAGUUCUCACAGAGGUUCCAAACCCUGUUACCCAGCGCCUUGCGGAUGCAGCUUCAAGGCAAGUUCCAGAAGAUGACCCUGCGUAUUGCUGACAUGUGGCUGGGGACAGACAAAGACUGGAAAAUGGGGAAAACCAAAAUUUUCCUGAAGGACCACCAAGACACUCUGCUGGAGACUCAGAGGAGUCAGAUCUUGGCUACAGCAGCUGUCACUAUCCAGAGGGUCCUGAAAGGCUGCAGACACAGGAAGGAGUUCUUGAGGCAGAAGCAGGCUGCUGUGACCCUCCAGGCCAACUGGAGAGGCUUCUGCACUAGGAAGAAUUUCAAGCUGAUCAUCCUAGGCUUUGAGCGACUGCAGGCGAUUGCUCGUAGCCACUUGCUGUCAAGACAGUAUCAGGCCAUGCAGGAGAGGAUGGUCCGUCUGCAAGCCCGGUGCAGGGGCUACCUGAUGCGCCGUGAGGUCCAGGACAGGAGAAGGGCAGUGGUGGUCAUCCAGGCAUAUGCCCGAGGCAUGGCUACUCGGCGAAACUUACGGAGGCAGAAAGCCAAUGGACCACUGAUCAUCCCAGUUGCAGAGCAAAAGGACCCAAGUGUUCUCCCUGUCAAGAAAUCCAAGUCCAUCUAUGACACUGUCACUGACACAGAGAUGGUGGAGAAAGUGUUCGGUUUCCUCCCUUCAAUGAUUGGAGGACAGGAGGGUCAGACCCCAGCAGACUUUGAGGAUCUGGAAACAAAGAUUGAACAGCUGCCCGAAGUGGAUCUGGACACAGUCCCUAUGGCAAAAGAGCCAGAGACGGAAGUAGACAGUCUGUCAGAGUACACCUUUCCCAAGUUUGCUGCGACCUACUUCCAGAAGUUAGCCAGCCACACCCACGUCCGGCGGCCCCUGCAGCACCCACUGCUCUACCAUGAGGAUGACAUGGACUGCUCGGUUGCACUGGCCGUGUGCCAUAUCAUCAUGAGGUUCAUGGGGGACUUCCCGGAACCAGUGGUCUUUGCCAAGACCAACCUGAGUGGCACCUCAGCAAUACAGCAGAUCCACAACACCCUGAACAAUGAGCGCAGCACGCAGUCUCUGAAGCUUGGUGGAGCUGCACAGGUGGCCAGCCAGCUAAGUAUCAAAGAAGAGGCAUUUGAGUCCAACACCCCCAUCUCAGACCAACCCAUGUCCAACCUGGAGAAGGUACACUUCAUCGUGGCCCAUGCUAUCCUACGGCCCAACCUCAGGGAUGAGGUCUACUGUCAGAUAUGCAAGCAGCUCUCAGAGAACUUAAAAAUAAGCAGCCUGGCCCGGGGCUGGAUCCUGCUUAGCCUCUGCCUGGGCUGCUUCCCACCUUCAGAGAAGUUCAUGAAGUAUUUGCUGAAUUUCAUUGGUAAAGGACCGGCAGGCUAUGGACCCUUCUGUGCUGAGCGCCUGAGACGUACCUGUGUCAAUGGGGCACGUGUGGAGCCUCCUACCUGGCUGGAGCUACAGGCAGUCAAGUCCAAGAAGCACAUCCCAAUCCAUGUCAUCUUGGUAACUGGAGAGACCCUGACUUUCAUGGCUGACUCAGCCUCCACAGCUCGGGAAGUCUGCUUGCACAUUGCCUGUAAGCAGGGCCUCAGCGACCAUCUGGGCUUUUCUCUCCACGUUGCAGUGUACAGCAAGUUCUGGUCACUGGGCAGUGGGCGUGACCACGUGAUGGAUGCCAUUGCCCAAUGUGAGCAGCUGGCCCGUGAGCGGGGUGAGAGUGAGCGCCAGUCACCCUGGCGCAUCUACUUCCGGAAGGAGUUCUUCACCCCCUGGCACAACUCCAAGGAAGACCCUAUCAGCACCGAGCUCAUUUAUCACCAAGUCAUCCAUGGAGUGUGUUCUGGCGAGUACAGCUUUGAGAAGGAGGAAGAACUUGUGGAACUGCUGGCCCAGCACUGCUAUGUACAGCGUGGCACUUUGAUGGAGAAUGAGGCCAUCCAGGAACUGCUGCCCAGCUGCAUCCCCGCCAAGCUCUACAGGACUAAGCCCCCAGAGAGAUGGGCUAGCCUCGUUACUGCUACCUACAAGAAGGCACCAUACACCCAGAAGCAGGCGACAGCACUGGCUGUGCAGGAGCAGGUAGUGGACACAGCUCGCCUGCAGUGGCCAUUGCUCUUCUCCCGGCUGUUUGAAGUCAUCACACUUUCUGGCCCUCGACUGCCCAAGACUCAGCUGAUCUUAGCUGUGAAUUGGAAGGGGUUGUGUUUCCUGGACCAAAAAGAGAAAGUGCUUCUAGAACUCUCCUUCCCAGAGGUGACAGGCCUAGUCACCAACAGGGCAGCUCAGGGCGGGCAGAGGUUCCUGCUCUCCACGCUGCAUGAAGAGGAAUACGAGUUUGCGACUUCCAACAGUGUGACCAUUGCAGAGCUGGUGGCCAUGUUCCUGGAGGGCCUGAAGGAGCGGUCCGUGUUUGCCAUGGCCUUGGAAGACAGGAAAGCUACAGGUGACACCACCCUCCUGCCCUUCAAGAAGGGGGACUUGCUGAUCCUAAAGAAGAAGCAAGAGCAGCAGGUCUCUGAUAACUGGACUCUGGUCCAAAGUGACAGGACGGGUCAAACAGGGCUGGUGCCCACAGCCUGCCUCUACACCAUUCCGACUGUUGUCAAGCCCUCGGAGAAGUUACUGAGUCUGCUGGCCAUGUCACCUGAGAAGCGGAAGCUGGCAGCCCGGGAGGGGAAGCCUGAAGAAUUCUUGCUUGAGGAGCAGCCCGAGGAGAAACCACACACUCUGGAGGAAUUCUCCUAUAAACACUUCAGGGCCCCAGAGAAGGAGACAGUCAGCAAAGCUAUGCGCCCCUUGGCCCAGGCCCGGGGCCACCUGUGGAGCUACUCUUGUGAACCACUGCGGCAGCCUCUGCUCAAGUGUGUCCAUGCCAAUGCUGACCUGCGGGACUACGCCUGUCAAACAUUUGCUGCCAUCCUCAAGUACAUGGGCGACUACCCCUCUCGACAAUCCUGGAUCUCCCUGGAGCUCACAGACCAGAUCUUCUCAUUGGCUCUCCAGGAUGUGGCCUUGCAGGAUGAGGUCUACUGCCAGAUCCUGAAGCAGCUGACGCACAACUCCAACAGGCACAGCGAGGAGCGGGGCUGGCAGUUGCUGUGGCUCUGCACAGGCCUUUUUCCACCCAGCAAGGUGCUACUGCCCCAUACUCAGAAGUUCGUGGACACUCGAAGGAAGAAGCUACUGGCUCCAGAUUGCAGCCGUCGUAUCCAGAGAGUUCUGAGGGUGGGGCCCCGGAAGCAGCCCCCACACCAGGUGGAGGUGGAGGCUGCAGAACAGAAUGUCACCCGCAUCCGCCACAAAGUCUACUUCCCCAAUGACACCAGCGAGAUGCUGGAGGUGGGCACCAACAUGCGGGUGCGGGACAUGUGCCAGAACAUUGCCAUCAAGCUGCAGCUGGCCUCCUGGGAGGGCUGUAGCCUCUUCAUCAAGAUUGCUGACAAGGUCUUCAGUCAGAAGGAGGGAGACUUCUUCUUUGACUCCUUAAGACAGGUGUCUGACUGGGUGAAGAAGAAUAAGCCCCAGAAAGAAGGGGCUCCGGUGACACUCCCCUACCAGGUGUUCUUCAUGCGGAAACUAUGGCUCAACGUGUCCCCAGGGAAGGAUAUAAAUGCAGACAUCAUACUCCAUUACCACCAGGAACUGCCCAAGUACCUGCGUGGGUUCCACAAGUGUUCGAGAGAAGAUGCCCUACACCUGGCAGGUCUCAUCUACAAAGUCAAGUUUGAUAAUGAUCGGUCCAAACUGGCGAAUAUCCCCAAGAUCCUGCGGCAACUUGUGCCUGAGAACCUUACACGCAUGAUGUCUUCAGAGGAGUGGAAAAAGAGCAUCCCUUUGGCCUAUGAGAAGCACAUGGACAAGACAGUGGAGGAGGCCAAGGUAGCCUUCCUGAAGUGGAUCUGCCGUUGGCCUACCUUUGGAUCUGCCUUCUUUGAGGUGAAGCAAACCUCGGAGCCCUCCUAUCCUGAUAUUGUCCUCAUCGCCAUCAACCGACAGGGGGUUCUGCUCAUUCACCCCAAGACUAAGGAACUGCUCAUCACCUACCCCUUCACCAAGAUCUCCAGCUGGAGCAGCGGCAGUACCUACUUCCACAUGGCUCUGGGGAGCCUAGGCCGGGGCAGUCGCUUGCUAUGUGAGACCUCUUUGGGAUACAAGAUGGAUGACCUGCUGACCUCAUAUGUGCAGCAACUCCUGAGCACCAUAAACAAACAGCAGAGCUCCAGGGCCUCAGCCCUGGCCAGCCCCUCAGCACCUCCCCUAUGA